GUUGUAUUUUCCGGGACGGCAGGGGCGUGACCUCCAGCGUAAGGGGCGGAGCCUGGCCUCCCUGGCUGACCCCUACUGCACUGCACCUCUACCCUUAUGCCCAUGGCGCGGCAUGUGUUCCUCACCGGGCCUCCAGGAGUUGGCAAAACAACCUUGAUCCAGAAAGCCAGUGAGGUCCUGCAGUCCUCUGGGGUGCCUGUAGAUGGAUUUUACACCCAGGAAGUCAGGCAAGGCGGGAGGAGGAUAGGAUUUGAUGUCGUCACCCUGUCUGGUGCUCGGGGACCUCUGUCCAGAGUCGGCUCACAGCAUCCUCCCGGAAAGCCCGAGUGCCGAGUGGGGCAGUAUGUGGUGGACCUGGCUUCUUUUGAGCAGCUGGCACUACCGGUCCUAAGAAAUACAGGUCCCAGCCAUGGCCCCGGGCACAGCGUGUGCAUCAUUGAUGAGAUUGGGAAGAUGGAGCUGUUCAGUCAGCCUUUCAUCCAGGCAGUCCGCCAGACGCUGUCCACGCCGGGCACUGUUGUCCUUGGCACCAUCCCAGUCCCCAAAGGGAAGCCACUGGCCCUGGUGGAGGAGAUCAGGAACAGGCAUGAUGUGAAGGUGUUCAGUGUCACCAAGGAGAACAGAAAUAGCCUCUUGACGGAUAUUGUGACCUGCGUGCAGAGCAGCAGGACCGGAAGCAGCAGCUGACCAGGUCCAACUCUGCCUGCUGGUCACUCCUGGCCAGUUUUGCUACCUCCUUGUCCAUGGGCCUUGUACCCUCUGUCCAAGAGAGCUGGACAGCUGCUUUCCAUAAAAUGCUUGUGAGACGAGGAUAGCCCAGUGCCUGCUGGGCCGUGCACAGUGAACAGUCCACAGUGUCUUAUGUAUGCUCAAGGGUUCUGUCCAUUUCCUGUUGCAGUUGUGCAUGUGAUUUGAGUAAAUUCUAAAUGAUUGUGUCAAGGAUUAGUGGAAUUUGCUCCCGUCGGGGUUUAUAGAUAUGUUUGGGGCUGUGGAUGGAGUUUAAUUCUUCAUUGACUUUACAUGCUGUGAUAUUAAAUAUCUCUCCAGGUGCAGCUCCAACCCGUGCACCGAAAGCAGUAACAACGUGAUUCUCUCCAGUUAUUUCCAAAGAAAAGCAUAUUAGUUCCCCUCUUCAUCUCUUGUUUAUUUCUUUGUUUAUUGCCUAAUAAAAAUGGAAAUAAA